UCUGCCCUGAAGGAAACUGACUUAGGAAGCAGGUAUCAGAGAGGGCCCUUCCUGAGGGGGCUUCUGUCUGGCUUGUAAAACUGUCAGAGCAGCUGCAUUCAUGUGUCAGAUGAUGGAUGAUGGAAAGGAGGACAGUCGGCUGCAGAUGGACACAGCGACUUGCAAGUUGAGGCAGGUGGCAAAGGACUUGCAGAGGCUCUGCAGGUGGGGCAUACUGAUUCAUUGCCCAGUUAAAAUACCAGAGGAUCUGGGCAGCCUCUUCACAGGAGCUGCUUGUCCUCAAACAAUCUGUCUUCAAUGAAAGAUUCCUCUGGCCUUCCUUUCUCUUCUUGCACCUCAGGUGUGAACCCUUCUUCCCCACGCCUCUACCUACCCCCCCGCCCCCCGCCCCGGCCCUGUGUGGCUCAUUAUAUGCAGGGCCAAGGCAGCAUUUUUCUCUUGGCUUCUUUGUGACCAGUUGGUCCUGGGAUGGCUUCAUGGAACACAUCCUGUGGUGUGCACCAAUGAAGCUUUCCAUACAGGACUCAAAACUGUUUUUGAAAAAUGUAAGCAGCUGGAAGACAAGAAAAUAAAAUGUCAGCACUAAAAACGCUGGCUGUGGCUUUUGCUAAGGAAAGGAAUUUGGUGUUGUCUUCUCACACACACAGACUGGUUGGGGAAAUGACUGUCUUCAGCACAUCACCCUGCGAGCCACAGUGAGUGCCCUGGCUCAGAAGUGCCUGUCACAGUGCACAGGAUCCCUGAGGAGCAUGAGCUGGGAUUUCCUCUGUGCUGUCCAUCACAGGAGCCUGAGUGACCAGCGCAUCCUCGAUUUGUAACCAGAAUCCUGCCCCUUCUCCCAAGUGGGCACCCUUGCUCUGACCCUCUAGUUCUCUCUCUUGCCUUCCAGAGAAUACCAAGAGAGGCUUUCUUGGUUAGGACAAUGAAUGCUGAGACUUGUGGAGUUGGGACCAAUGGGAUUUCUUUAAAAGCAUCUUUUUGCCUCUGGCUGGGUCUAUGGGGGUAAACAGAAACGCCUUGGGCCAUUUGUUGGUGGGGUGACAAAUGAACUUGGCCUGAGAAAUGGAAUAGGCCGGGCUCAGCCCCGCGAAGCACUCAGAACUGCACAUUUUCUUUGUUGAGCGGGUCCACAGUUUGUUUUGAGAAUGCCCGAGGGCCCAGGGAGACAGACAAUUAAAAGCCGGAGCUCAUUUUGAUAUCUGAAAACCACAGCCGCCAGCACGUGGGAGGUGCCGGAGAGCAGGCUUGGGCCCUGCCUCACACGCCCCCUCUCUCUGGGUCACCUGGGAGUGCCAGCAGCAAUUUGGAAGUUUGCUGAGCUACAGGAGAAGUCUUUGGGGAGGGUUUGCUCUGAGCACACCCCUUUCCCUCCCCCCGGGGCUGAGGGAAACAUGGGACCAGCCCUGCCCCAGCCUGUCCUCAUUGGCUGGCAUGAAGCAGAGAGGGGCUUUAAAAAGGCGACCGUGUCUCGGCUGGAGACCAGAGCCUGUGCUACUGGAAGGUGGCGUGCCCUCCUCUGGCUGGCACCAUGCAGCUCCCACUGGCCCUGUGUCUCGUCUGCCUGCUGGUACACACAGCCUUCCAUGUAGUGGAGGGCCAGGGGUGGCAGGCGUUCAAGAAUGAUGCCACGGAAAUCAUCCCCGAGCUCGGAGAGUACCCCGAGCCUCCACCGGAGCUGGAGAACAACAAGACCAUGAACCGGGCAGAGAACGGAGGGCGGCCUCCCCACCACCCCUUUGAGACCAAAGACGUGUCCGAGUACAGCUGCCGCGAGCUGCACUUCACCCGCUAUGUGACCGAUGGGCCGUGCCGCAGCGCCAAGCCGGUCACCGAGCUGGUGUGCUCCGGCCAGUGCGGCCCGGCGCGCCUGCUGCCCAACGCCAUCGGCCGCGGCAAGUGGUGGCGACCUAGUGGACCCGACUUCCGCUGCAUCCCCGACCGCUACCGCGCGCAGCGCGUGCAGCUGCUGUGUCCCGGUGGUGCGGCGCCGCGCGCGCGCAAGGUGCGCCUGGUGGCCUCGUGCAAGUGCAAGCGCCUCACCCGCUUCCACAACCAGUCGGAGCUCAAGGACUUCGGGACCGAGGCCGCUCGGCCGCAGAAGGGCCGGAAGCCGCGGCCCCGCGCCCGGAGCGCCAAAGCCAACCAGGCCGAGCUGGAGAACGCCUACUAGAGCCCGCCCGCGCCCCUCCCCACCGGCGGGCGCCCCGGCCCUGACCCCGAGCCCCACAUUUCUGUCCUCUGCGCGUGGUUUGAUUGUUUAUAUUUCAUUGUAAAUGCCUGCAACCCAGGGCAGGGGGCUGAGACCUUCCAGGCCCUGAGGAAUCCCGGGCGCCGGCAAGGCCCCCCUCAGCCCGCCAGCUGAGGGGUCCCACGGGGCAGGGGAGGGAAUUGAGAGUCACAGACACUGAGCCACGCAGCCCCGCCUCUGGGGCCGCCUACCUUUGCUGGUCCCACUUCAGACGAGGCAGAAAUGGAAGCAUUUUCACCGCCCUGGGGUUUUAAGGGAGCGGUGUGGGAGUGUGAAAGUCCAGGGACUGGUUAAGAAAGUUGGAUAAGAUUCCCCCUUGCACCUCGCUGCCCAUCAUAAAGCCUGCGGUGUGCCCAGAGCACAAGACUGGGGGCAACUGUAGAUGUGGUUUCUAGUCCUGGCUCUGCCACUAACUUGCUGUGUAACCUUGAACUACACAAUUCUCUUUCGGGACCUCAAUUUCCACUUUGUAAAAUGAGGGUGGAGGUGGGAAUACGAGCUCGAGGAGACUAUUGGCAUAUGAUUCCAAGGACUCCAGUGCCUUUUGAAUGGGCAGAGGUGAGAGAGAGAGAUAGAAAGAGAGAGAAUGAAUGCGGUUGCAUUGAUUCAGUGCCAAGGUCACUUCCAGAAUUCAGAGUUGUGAUGCUCUCUUCUGACAGCCAAAGAUGAAAAACAAACAGAAAAAAAAAAGUAAAGAGUCUAUUUAUGGCUGACAUAUUUACGGCUGACAAAUUCCUGGAAGAAGCUAUGCUGCUUCCCAGCCUGGCUUCCCCAGAUGUUUGGCUACCUCCACCCCUCCAUGUCAAAGAAAUAACAUCAUCCAUUGGGGUAGAAAAGGAGAGGGUCCGAGGGUGGUGGGAGGGAUAGAAAUCACAUCCUCCCCAACUUCCCAAAGAGCAGCAUCCCUCCCCCGACCCAUAGCCAUAUUUUAAAGUCACCUUCCGAAGAGAAGUGAAAGGUUCCAGGACACUGGCCUUGCAGGCCCGAGGGAGCAGCCAUCACAAACUCACAGACCAGCACAUCCCUUUUGAGACACCACCUUCUGCCCACCACUCACAGACACAUUUCUGCCUAGAAAACAGCUUCUUACUGCUCUUACAUGUGAUGGCAUAUCUUACACUAAAAGAAUAUUAUUGGGGGAAAAACUACAAGUGCUGUACAUAUGCUGAGAAACUGCAGAGCAUAAUAGCUGCCACCCAAAAAUCUUUUUGAAAAUCAUUUCCAGACAACCUCUUACUUUCUGUGUAGUUUUUAAUUGUUAAAAAAAAAAAGUUUUAAACAGAAGCACAUGACAUAUGAAAGCCUGCAGGACUGGUCGUUUUUUUGCAAUUCUUCCACGUGGGACUUGUCCACAAGAAUGAAAGUAGUGGUUUUUAAAGCGUUAAGUUACAUAUUUAUUUUCUCACUUAAGUUAUUUAUGCAAAAGUUUUUCUUGUAGAGAAUGACAAUGUUAAUAUUGCUUUAUGAAUUAACAGUCUGUUCUUCCAGAGUCCAGAGACAUUGUUAAUAAAGACAAUGAAUCAUGA